ACAUAAAAAAAGUUUCUGCUUGUGUUUCAUUACCACGUUUAUUAUCGUUAUCUUGGGAUAUUGAAUCAUCAGAUACUCGAGACCCCAGUUUUUUUCCUAUCGGUCAUGAACCUACAUCUUACGUGUACGCGAUUCAGAUGGAUUUUUAUUGGAUCUUUGAACAAACUCCAUUUCAACACUACUGCAUCACAACUUUACCGAUUAAUCGACAGCUAUUUUUUUCUAAAUAUUCUGAUUGUCCCUCUUCUAAUUUUCAUUUUAUAAUAUGUGAUUCGGAAAUUUCACUUCUGUUAAAUUUUGCGAAAAUUUUUCAUAAUUUUAAACCUGAUUUUGAAUUUGGAUAUAAUACGGGAG